AUGGCAAUAGCCUUUUUGGAUGGGGUUGCGACCUGCGUUCAACCACCCAACAUCCUUGAUUGCGAUUGGGGAUGGUUAGUUGCGACUCGGGUGGUUCCGUCCUGCCGAAAUAUGCUCAACCACCUAACAUUCCUGAUUGCGAUUGGGAAUGCUUGGGUUGCGACUCAGAAAGAAAAAAAGUCAAAAUCGAUUGAUAACUUCUGGAAGACGGUUACGUUAGCGCAAGAGAAGAAAGUGGCAAAUGAAAUCGAACGUUCAGUUUUGCAAGAAAGUUUGGUUCGAGAAAAAGUUACAAGACGAUUAGAGAGUAUAGAUGAUGAUCGCACGUACAAGCGUCACAGGUCACAGUCUUCGAACAUUGAGAAUAAUCAAAAAGAAAAUAACACAGAAGCGAUUAAUAACGAACAAAAUUUAGGUGAAAAGCGAGUUGAGGAAGAACAUACGAGAAGGUAUAGUCUAAGAGAACGAGAAGAAAUUAAUUAUGCUGAAAUUUCCGAUUCAGAUAUUUUGGAUCCAUAUCAUGAACGGAUGUUCCGUCCCACAAACUGGACAACCCGGAAUGCAAAUCCUCCAGUUAUAUCACCAUACAGGCCAAUUAUAACGAAAGCAACAUAUGAUCAGAUUUCAACACAUAUAAUUUGCGCCUUCAACACAACAAUACAUCUUGUUAAGGAAACAACAGAAAGUACUUUAUAUGAAAAAAUCGAAAAACUUCUCAAGAUGAGAAACAAAUUAAUUUUAAAGAGGCCAAUAACUGAAAAACUUUACGCAAUUUUCCACGCAGAUUAUUCGGAAAUUAUUUCAAAAAUAAUGACAGAGACAGAAGCUGAAGAUAGUGAAACGAGCGAAGAAUCGAGAUUUCUUUUUUUCAUAAGGCACACCUUACUAGACUUUGUUGCAAUGUUCAAGUAUCUGUCACCCAAGGUUCUGGUUCGGGAUAUGUCCGAAAGAUCAUAUAUUGUUGAAUGUCUUUCACCCAUACUCCGAGCCUUCAGGAAUGCAUUCCCCGACGUGAAGUACGAGUGGAUCGAAAAGGAUGUUAAAACAUUAAAGGACGCGAGCAAUAUGUUCAUGAUUAACGUGAGGGCCCGUAAAACUGAUCUGCUGGUUCUGAGAUUAUCGGAUGCCAAGAAAUUUUACAUGUUGAGGUGUCCGGGCCACCUUACAAACCUGAAAAGAAACAUACAGUCAGAGAUGCCAAAAAAUUACUCAUGA